UUUGCAACAAACCCAAUCACAGUCCAAGGUGUCAGAAGGGUGGGCGGUCGCUCCUGGGGGAAUAGCAGUAGGACUUAGAUGGAGGGCAAGGGAAAAGGAGGGGGCUUGUUGUGAAGGCAGAGCGAGCGAAGCAUCAGUCGCGUCUGCGGGGACUGCAGUACCAUCAGGAUUAUUAUCCACCACUGAGCAACGAGGGUUGGCGUCAGCGGCGAAGGGGUUAACGCUGCAGCGGUAGAGACAACGACCGUUCCGCGAGCGCUGUUGAGCCGUUUGCUGACCUCCCCCCCGUUAACUACCCCGCUCGCCAGCUCGAGCUCCUUCAGGCUUCUUUUCAGACCGGCCGGGCCUUGCCCGGCCUCGCAGUCACCAUAGAGACGACGGCGGCGGCGGCAGUGGCAGUACCGCCGCCUUCUCCCAAACCAUGGGCAAGAAGCUGCUGCUGGGCUGCGCCGGGUUGAGCUGGAGGGCGACGGGGGGAGAGCUAUAAGACCGCCGCUCCUCCUCCUCCUCCUCUCUCUCGUUUUCUCCUCCACUCGUCCCCACUAGACCCGCCAGACAGAAGGAGUCUGCUGCCGUAUCGGCGCCGCUUGGAGGGGAAGAAGGGAAGGGGCGCCGCCGGCUGCGUUCCAGCCUCUGCUUAAAUGGAAGCCACCUCUGAGAGCUGGUUGGUCUCUACUGACGUAGGCUUUGUAUAGCAAUUGCAUCGCCCCAGGAGAUUACAAUGAGUGGAGGAGGGGAACAGCCGGAUAUUCUUAGUGCGGGAAUAUUGGUGAAAGAAAGAUGGAAAGUGUUGAGAAAGAUAGGAGGUGGAGGGUUUGGAGAAAUUUAUGAUGCACUGGACUUACUUACCCGAGAAAACGUCGCAUUGAAGGUCGAGUCAGCUCAGCAGCCAAAGCAAGUUUUGAAAAUGGAAGUAGCUGUGUUGAAAAAACUGCAAGGGAAAGAUCAUGUCUGUAAAUUUGUUGGCUGUGGAAGGAAUGACAGAUUUAACUAUGUUGUCAUGCAGUUGCAGGGUCGGAACUUGGCAGAUCUACGUCGAAGUCAAUCUAGGGGGACCUUCACUAUUGGAACUACCUUGAGGCUUGGAAAACAAAUUCUGGAGUCUAUUGAGAGCAUUCAUUCUGUUGGGUUUUUACACCGAGAUAUUAAACCAUCCAACUUUGCUAUGGGGCGUUUCCCUAGCACUUGGAGAAAGUGUUACAUGCUGGAUUUUGGCUUGGCACGUCAGUUUACAAAUUCAUGCGGGGAUGUCAGACCACCCCGGGCUGUUGCUGGUUUUAGAGGAACAGUGCGGUAUGCAUCGAUCAAUGCUCACAGGAACAGAGAAAUGGGGCGUCAUGAUGACCUGUGGUCCUUGUUUUACAUGUUGGUGGAAUUUGUGGUUGGACAACUUCCCUGGAGAAAAAUUAAAGACAAGGAGCAAGUAGGCUCAAUAAAAGAAAGGUAUGACCACCGGCUGAUGCUGAAGCACCUUCCUCAAGAAUUUAACAUGUUUCUAGAUCACAUUUCUGUUUUAGAUUAUUUUACCAAACCUGAUUAUCAGCUUCUCAUGUCCGUAUUUGACAACAGCAUGAAGAAUUAUGGAGUGACAGAGAGUGAUCCCUUUGACUGGGAAAAGAGUGGAACUGAUGGCUCUCUAACUACCACCACCACUUCAACUACUCCUCAGUUGCAUACUCGACAGACUCCAGCUGCAAUAGGAAUUGCCAAUGCCACUCCAAUACCAGGAGACUUGUUGAGAGAAAACACGGAUGAAGUGUUUCCAGAUGAGCAGCUAAGUGAUGGUGAGAAUGGGAUCCCUAUUGGAAUCUCUCCAGAGAAGUUACCAGAGUCUCCUGGACAUCAUCACCCUCAGGAAAAGGAUGUGUGGGAGGAGAUGGAUGCAAACAGGAAUAAGAUACAACUGGGAGUCCAUAAAGCUGCUACAGAAGAGGAGAACAGUCAUGGGCCAAUUAAUGGCAUGCUUAAUGCACCAAGCCUAGGUUCUCCCAUUCGAGUUCGUUCGGAGACCACACAGCAAGACAGGGAUGUCCCCUUGGUUCGAAAGUUACGAUCAAUCCACAGUUUUGAACUGGAAAAACGCCUAACCUUGGAAUCAAAGCCGGACACAGAUAAAUUUCUGGAAAUUUGCAUGGAGAAGAAGAAAAGAGAGUUGAAUGCUGGAAAAGAAUCUGCUGCUUCUGCUUCUCAGAAAACCCCUUUGCCUGCAGUUACCUCCUGCAAUGAACAUGUUUGGCACUAUGAUGAAGAAUACCUACCUGAAGGUUCCAAGCCUGCUUCUCCAGAAAAUGGAGAUGGUGGUGUUAGCAAUGGAUAUGUGGCUAUCAAUUUGAGUUCCUGUCAGCAGGAGAUUGACUCUAAGGAAUGGGUGAUAGUGGACAAAGAACGGGACUUGCAAGAUUUCAGGACUAACGGAGUUUUAGGGCAUAAAACAACUGGAAGCCCCUCUGAUGAUGAACCUGAAGUGCUUCAAGUCCUUGAGGAGUCCCCACAAGAGGAUAAGUUUAGAGCUCAAGGCAAGAAUGCAGCUGAAGGGGCAGCGCUGGAUCUAGAUGUUGAAUGUUGUGGCAUUGCAGCUUCAGAGCAAUUUACAAAUCAUCUAGAACUCCCAGUUGGAACUGCUGGUCAGCUUCUUGCUGUCACUCCCACAAGUCUAAUGGAAGCCCAAGCAGAAGGGGCUCUUACUCCUCUCUACUCACCUCACAUGCUGCAUUUCUCCACCCCAAGAAUUUCAAGUCCCAUCCUCCGUACCCUGAGCCCUAUAUCCCAUCUCACCACCUACCUGGAACCUAAGAAAGAGGCUGGCUUUCCAAGAAGUCAAUCAGCAGAGAGCCACUCUUCCUCUUCCUGGUCAACUGCCCGUAGGCACCUUCCUGUUAUUCCCAGUGGAAACAAGUUUCCCCCUGUCAUUCGCAUCUCAAAAGCACAACUCCAGCAGGUUACAAUUCCCAGACCAUCUAUGGCCUCCACACAGUCUGCUUCUGAGAGUUUUCAUUAUGGCCAGCAGUUAGAGAAGAGGGAUCGAGAUACCAGGCCUGUGGAGCAUACUGUUGAACUUUCUUCUCCUAAGGAGAAUUUAGCUGGCUUGGUUGUAGCAAAUGAUGUGUUAACUCUUAGUGGUACUAGAACAGAUUUAGUACUCAAGUUAGACCAUAACUUAAAUCAUAAGGAUGGAAAUAAUGGAGAAGGUGUUGGAACUGAAGACCAUAGUGAAAGGAAUCUACAUGAACAGUGUGUGAAGAAGCAAGGAGAGCGAGAACUUGCAAAUGUCUUUGAACAAGCAAAAACCAGUAAACUUCUUGAAACUUGUGAAGAUAGCAUUGAAGUGCAAAGGACAGGAUCUGUUGUUCCAGGAAACACUGAAUCUGUGUUGGAUGAAUUGCAGGCUGCUACAGAAUCUGAAGAACGAAGGCCAGUAACUUCCUGUGUAUUGCCAAAUCACGACGCAAAACAGGAGGUAUUGAAGCAGUCAGUAGGUGAAACAUCAGAUGUUUCUUUAUCAAGAAGCACUGAUCCAUUUCUUCACAGACAGGAAAGCCAAGUAAUUCCAGUGCAAGAAAAUGGUUUCCAUGAUGAUGGUGAUAUCAGUCAUGCUGAAGAACUGCAAUGCCAAAAAGGAAAUCUCACCAGUUUUUUACAUAAAGAGAACAAAGGAGAGCAAAAUGUUCUAACAAAUGGAGAAUUGUUCCACAGCAUUGCAGAAAAUGAGAGUUCUCAUCAGUCCAAGAAGGAAUUAGUUAGAACACCAUUUGUAGCUAGACAAAGUCGCAUUCCAGUUUUAGCACAAGAGAUAGACUCCUCAUCAGAGUCCUCUUCACCUGUUUCAGCAAAGGAGAAACUACUCCUAAAAAAGGCUCAUCAGACAGACUUUGUUCGACUACUUGUAGAAAAGAGACAGCUGAAAUCAUUCCUUGGUGACCUCUCAAGUGCCUCUGACAAGUCACUGAAGGAAAAAGUAGCUACUGGUCCUUUACCAUUUUCUGAAGAUGUUUUGUCCUCUUUUUCCAAGUUGACAUUGGACACCCAUUUGUGUAGUCAAGUGGAAGAAAGUUUUUUGUCAUCAAGCAAUCCUCAGUCCAGAAAGAGCAAAAUUCCAAGACCUGUAUCUUGGACUACCACAGAUCAUGUUAACAAUUCAAGCUCAGCUCAGUUUUUUCCUCGGCCACCACCAGGAAGACCCCCAACAAGGCCUGGAGUAGAAGCUAGGUUGCGCAGAUACAAAGUGCUAGGAAGCAGCAGCUCAGAUUCAGACCUGAUCUCUCGUCUGGCUCAAAUCCUUCAGAAUGGAUCUCAAAAACCAAGGAGCUCUUCCCAGUGUAAGAGUCCGGGAUCUCCACAUAGCCCCAAAACACCACCCAAAAGCCCAGUCAUUCCCAGACGCAGUCCUAGUGCCUCUCCUAGGAGCUCUUCUUUGCCCCGUACUGCCAGUUCCUCACCAUCCCGGAGUGGGCGGCCUCAUCAUGACCAGAGGAGUUCUUCUCCACAUCUUGGAAGGAGUAAAUCGCCUCCUAGUCUUUCAGGCUCUUCAUCUUCUAGGAGAUCCUGCCAACAAGAGCACUGCUACAACAAAUCUAGCAAGAAUGGUCUGAAAGGUUCUAGUGGCUCCUGCCACCACUCCUCUAACAUUAAAUCACCCACAGGGAAGAACAAAGCCAGUAAGCUUAGCAGAUAGGAACUGAGUUUUGUCAGGUGUCAAAGUCCCCUUUCUUAAUCUGAUGCAUGUUGUGUCUGUGUACUGUGUAUUUAAACAAAGAAAAAGUCUUCAAAAUCAGUGUUCAUCCUGACUUUCAAAGAAAGCAACUCUGUGAUAAAUUAUUUAUAAGGCCCACUUGGUAUGUGAGUGGCCAGGCAACAAGCAGAUCAGGGAGGUUUAAAGGGCAGGGAUGGAGUAUCCAGAUUGUCCAGGAUGUGUGAAACAUUCACAAUAAACAUUGCCCCCAAGGCGAGUGGUUUUUUUAAAUAAGGGUUUUUUGUUGCUUAUUAAGAGUACACAGCCUAAUUAUUUAAGGCUUUUUUCUCAAGGAAUGUUACAAAAUCUGAAACAAGCUUCACCAUGACGCCAUUACAUUUGAGAUAUUACUCAGCUGUGUGUAGAAUUUUUAAAAGGCACAUUGUUUUGAACAGCAAUAUUCUUAGAUGUCUGUAUCUUUUAAUGUUGGGCUUCAUUCCAAGUUGCUCGUUGUUUAUGUUCUAUUAUGGUUUAUGUUUGCCUCCUUUUAAAGCAAGCAAUUAAAACAAAACAGCCCCAUGUUUUUUAUUACAAAACAUUUGACAUGGGUUGCAACUCUGCACAGUUAAUGCAUACAAAGUCAUUGAAACCAGUGGACUUAAAACUUAUUUAAGUGCACACAGGACUGCAUCCAUCAAUGUUAAGAUUUUCUGCAAAGGUUUUUGUGUAUUUACAUUUACUGUUAGCUACUGUUCAGGCCCUGAGCCUAAGGCAACUUGAUUAUUUGUCUAUAUGUUAAUUGCUGGAGCCAUACCAUUUUCCUCUGGAGUUCUGUCAUAUAAUAAAUAAUGGGGAUAAUGGUCAAAGCCUGAGUAGAAGAAGAAAAAGAGGAGAGCUUGGACCCUGAAGAAUUGCUGCAGAUGCAACAUUUGUUAGAGAGUACAAAAGCUUCUCAGGGUAUGAAGGAGAGCCAUUGCUAAAGCUGACCAGAAUUUACUCAUCAGGGAUGAGUCCAUUUACCUUAUUCAUAAUGCCCUUCUUCAAUGUAGUAAUGCUGAAGAAGAGUAGAAAUGUUUACACACUUGGACUUUUUACUUGAGAACUGAAAUCUUGAAGCUUUAACCUGCUUAAAAGAUGACUACAGAGCAUGUACAUGAUUAGAAAGACAGACCACCACCACCCCCCCCCCCCAAAUCUGGGAGAGAAUAUUUGUCAGUAAAACUGAUGGAGCUAUUUUCUCAUAGGUCAGUGUCUCUAAACCUAUAUUGUGGUGAAAGAAUGCAUGUGCCUGUCCCUUCAUGUGCACAUAUGGCCACUGAGCAUGUGACCAAGCUGUCAUACAUGCUUAUUUGCAGGCUGGUAGCCAAUGUUUCUGUGGCAUUCCUACAAUAUAGGUUUUGUAUUUUCCUACUCACAACUGUGGUCGCAUUUAGGGACAUUAUAAUGUAGACUCUUGUUUUAGGGUUGUCUUCCACUGCCCAAUAUAUCGGAAUAAAGUUAAUGGCUGGCACGUUUCCCAAAAUAUACUUAAGCUUCCUUGUAUAAUUCUUAUAGGAACAACUUCCUCUGCUACAUCCAUGGAUGGACAGUGGAUUGAAAGAAUUUAAAAGAAAUAUUUUACAAUGGAUACAGCCACCUCCCUGAAUGGAUACUUGUUUUAGGGGAUAUUGGCCUGUAUCUAGCCACACAUUCCAAAGACUUAGGGUCACUUAUGUUUUCUGAAGGAGUUUAGUGAUUUCUGCUAAUUUUUAUCUUCCCACUGCACCCUUUCUCUUAGUCCUCUGUGUUGUUCGUGUUGCUUUGCUGACCUCCUAGGAAUGGGUUGGGGAGAAGAAAAAUGGGCUGUGAAGGUGCAGAAAUUGCAGCCCCCAGUAAGAAAACAUAAGUGUUUUUAAGUCUUUAUAACUGUGGUUGGACACAGGACCCCUGGCUAUUGGGGGGAGAGGGAAUUUUGAUAAUUGCUGAUCUGCUUGUUAUAGUUCUGUGCCUGUAGGCAGUAUGCUUUUUUAAAAAAUUAACUUUGUUUUAUUUCAUUUGCUGCCAAAAUAGUAUCUUUGGAUAGGAAAGGGAAUACUUUUAUCUCCAAACUAAUACAUUUCAAAUGCUGCAUUGAAGGUGCACUGAACUUCACCUGUUCCGUCAGAAUGUGUUGAAAAUUUUUUACUCCUAAAGAUGUAUAUUGUUUCCUAUAAGUAAUGUAGCACAGUGUGGAACCUUAGCUGCUUUUGGGUUUCAAACACUACAGAGGAAUGCAAUAGGGUGAGCUUACCUGCUGUUUCUCAAACUGUAUGAUUUAAAAGAUCUAUUCUGUUGUAUUAUAUUGUAUAAUAGGUGCUAUACUAAUAAUUGCAUGUUCUCAUGGUAAAUUAUAUAUUAUAAAUAUUUAUACAUAUAUAUACAUAAGCUUCUAUAUACUUACUGUUUCUGAUUUUCCAUUUGUAAUGUUAUGGACCACAAAUAAUGCAGUACUUUUUCAUUUGCGUGCCUGAACAUAGCCUUGCAGCUACCAUUUCCUGGCAUGCACAAAGCUGAAUACUCUUCAUGUCUGAGUUCAGGAUGGAAGGGUGGUAAUGGCUCUGUAAGUGUUUUGUAACAGCAUUGUCAUUGUAUUUGUAAUUUCUGGAAUGAAAUGCAAGGCAUC